CUCGUCCUUCGGUCUGUCUUCUAGCUGUGUCGAAGUGGGCAAAGCACGAUUAAGCUUGUCCUGAGGCCGAUGCGGGGCAGAUCGAGGCUCGUCUCCAAACCACGUCGCGUCGAAUCAAGCGCUGCUGCGCCGCUUCGAUGGCAGUUCGUGGAUGCGUCCCAGCUCUUCCCCGUUGGCGUCAUUGUUCCUUUCAUGCCUCUUCAUGCAGGUGCUGAGUAUUGCUAUAUGGUUCCUUCCGUCCCUCCCCCGGUCGGCCUCUAACGCCCUCCUGCCUUCAUUCAAUCCCCUUCUCGUGCCGCCGCCGAAGAGGAUGAAAAUGCACGUAUGUAUGCCCAACACGAUGCCACAGGGAAAGCAACGAAUCAUGGCCUAUGCCUCCCCCGGAAAUAGAUUGGCGAGGCUUCCCUGCGCCGCUUCCUUCCCCCCCCUCCCUCCUGGUCUCUUGGAAUCUGCAAAAUCCCUUUUCGCCAGCAAUUGUUCAUGCAGAGCGGCCCGGUUUGUGGCCGUUUGGCUCUAGGGCUAGAAGCCACGGGGAACCUUGAACUAUUUCCCGGCCCUCGAAUUUAUGAUUGAAUCAUUGAUGAGCUGGCACCCCCCAGGGGCCCGCUCCCAGCUCUCUGAGUGGCCUUACUGGCUGACGUGAACCGAUUCUGGCUUCAAUUCGUCGCUUCUGAUCCUAUGGGCCCCUCUCCGCU